UCUAAUCAUGGCGUAUCACCGUCGGGCAAUACGUCUCUGAUAUUAAAGAUAUUUACCCCUCAAGGAACUUCCGGUACCGUGGGUCUGAAUAUCUCUACAUAUGAGAUGACAGGUAAAAGUGACACUGCACUCGUCAUCGAGAACGUCGCCUUCAGCAACAUUGAUUCCUGGUUUCCAUGUAAAUGUAAUUCACUAACUGUGACCUACAACAAGACUGGAGGUUCACCCGUUCAAAAUCUAGCUUUUAUAACACUGUCCUACAUCAACUCUUUUGCACACGAAAAUUCAAGAAGUGUAAGUCUAAUUGUUUGUUUACGAAUUGAUCCAGGAAGAGCUAGAUUUGGAGAAACAUACGUCUUUUCUGCAGUACAUGUAACUGACAAGUCUAUUUCGAAGAUUAAUUUCACAAUUAGCAAACCUGAAAUAUUUCAUGACAAGAGGGGCGAUGUGUUAUCAAUGUUUAAUAACAUGCUUGACGGAAAUGAGACCACUUGUUUAAAGUUACCAGUCCAGGGCGAAAUUCCGCCAUUAUUCUGGGUGAAGAUGAAGACUUCAUGGCUCAACAUUUCUUCUACUGAACACAACAUUACAGUUAUAGGAGUACAUAUAUCUUGUCGGCCGCAGGGGGAAAGAGUUCUACAGGUAUCCUUUCCCACAGAGAGCUCUAAAAGUGGAUUUCAAGGAGAAGUGGAAUUUUGUAAUCUGACGUUUGAAGACAUUAGUUCGGAAGGAAAUUUAACAAAAUGUGUCUACAACUGCAAAUGCAAAAGUGUCCUUGAAUGUGGAGAAUUGCUUUUAUUCAUGGCAAAGCAUGACAUCUUAGAGUGGAGUUUAUGUGAGGUGUAUGCAAAAAAUAUAAAAUGA